AUGGCUUCCAGAUCCUCGGCUGCAGCUACGCCGCUGCUAAAAUCCUCUGUUGCGCCUGAGAGUCCCUCCAAAGACGCGACCGUAUCUCCACAGACCGCGCCUUUCCCUUCACCGCAGACCUUUGAGAUUAUCCCACCACUCCACGGUAUACUCCUUCGCUUGUUAUCUCCUGCGAAUGCUUCCAACGGCGGUGCUGGCGGCCAUGGAGAUGGUCCAGGUGCCCCAGGGGCUUCGACGGAAGGAAAUCAACAAAGCCAACACGCAAAUUCCAGCCUCACAGACAAUGGGAACAACGGUGCUCCAACAUCACAGGGUGUACCAGAGGUCCCUUCUCUCGGCCCCAAUACCCAACCUCCACUCGACGUUAAGGAUCUGCCAACUCAGACGAGUUCGGUGAAAAUUCGAAUCCAGAAGGCACGAACAGUCGUGGAGGGUCUCCCUGAUAUACACCGGUCGGUAACAGACCAACAAGCAGAGAUUGCGGAGCUUGAGGAGCGCGUGGCACGUCUCCGGUCAGUCAUUGGGGACUUUGGCAGCCGUGCAGCAUCAUCCCGCGGCUAA